CUCAUGUUAUGUCUUUAUAUUUAUGCUUCAUUUUCAUGUCCGCAUCCUCAGCCCAUUAACAGAAUUCUUUCUUACAAAAUUAGUACAGUAAUGGCAGCAUAGGAGUUUUUGUUUCUCCUUAUGAAAUUAAGAAAUUGGAUGUAUACGUUUCUUGGGCAUUGCUGUCUGAUUUCUUUGUCACGUCUAAGGAUUCCUUCCUCAUUUAUGCAUUGAAACAUCCCUUCAACCACCCCUUACUUCAUAAAACAAAAUUUAUCCAUUUCGAUAUAACGGUUCAUUUGGAAGGAAGGAAUCGGCGGAGGUAGUAUUAUUAAGAUGGGGAAUUGCCAGGGGGCGGAGGCGGCGACGAUCGUGAUUUUGCAUCCAAGCAACAAAGUGGAGAGGAUUUACUGGUCUGUCAGUGCCAAUGAAGUCAUGGUUUCCAAUCCUGGCCAUUACGUGGCAAUGAUAAUCAACUCGCCGGCGGCGAAAACUGAGAAUUGUACGCCGGUGAAGCAGCUGAAACUUCUCCGACCGGAUGAUACUUUGCUUAUCGGACAAGUUUAUCGACUCGUUAGCUUUGAAGAUCUGUUGAAGGAAUUUGCAGAAAAGAAAUGCAAGAAACUAGGCAAAUUGUUGAAGGAAAGAGGAGCUCUCAAUUUGGAGCCAAAGAAUUCCAAUUCCAAAUCCAAAUCAAAACUAGCAAAUUGUAGUUCGGAUAAGACGGAACAGGAUGUGCAAAACCUCGGUAACAGUGGCGGCGGCGGCGGCGGCGGCAGCAGUGUGGGCAGGCACCAUGGCGGAGGAGGGCAGUGGAGACCAACCUUAGAGAGUAUUGCAGAAAUUAGGUCCUGAACAUGGACACCCUACCCCAAUUCCUCAACUUUUCAUGGCCUAAGCAUUAAUGAAAACAAAUAAAAUGUAGUUUUGAUUUCUCUUCUUUUCGUUCUAUUGCUUUUUCAUAAUGGGAAUAUGAUAUGAUGGUAUCCUUUGGAUUACCUCUUACUUGGUCCUUA